GUGGCCAGUUACAAUCUGGUCUUGGUGAAGGUUCAUGCUGCAACUGGAUCUGCCCUGGCGCGUGGAGAUCCUCGUGCGUGACUGGCAAAGGGGGCUGCAUCAGAACUCACCUUUGAAUUCAAACCAAGAUUCUCAGGCAGUUUGGACCUGGCUUGAAGAGGGAGGCUGGGACAGGCAAACCCAGCUGGCUCGUGGCUCCAGCAAAGGGCUCCGCACAGCCAUGAGCUUUGGGACGGUGUCUGUGCUGAUCCCUGCUUUGCCCCUGGACGCGGACUCCCCUGGAGCGGAGGAGUGUCUGGAAGAGGAGGAGGAGGAGCUGGAGACGAGUUUGGAAGACCCGGAGAACGAAAGCGCUGGGAAGCCGGCGCCGGGCGGGCGCAGCUGCAUCCUGACCCGGCGGGGCAUCACGCUGCGGGUGCUGCUCAAGGACGGCCUGAUCGAGCCGGGGGAGGGUGUGCUGUCUAUCUACUACCUGGGGAAGAAGUUCUUAGGGGACCUGCUGCCCGACGGGAAGAUCACCUGGCAGGAGACGGGGCAGGUGUUCAAUUCGCCCAGCGCCUGGGCCACGUACUGCAAGAAGCUGGUGAACCCGGCGAAGAAAUCGGGCUGCGGCUGGGCCUCCGUCAGGUACAAAGGGCAGAAGCUGGACCAGUGCAAGGCCGCCUGGCUGAAGAAACACCAGCCCAAUGCGCCGGCGGCCGAGGAGAACUUGGUGAGCGAAGGGGAGGAGGAGGAAUUGGCCGAGGAGGAGGAGGAGGAGACCAGGGAAGGUAAAAUCACCAUCUCGGAGCCUGCGCUCGGCAAGAAACCGGAGGAGAAAAGCAGGAAGCAGCAAAGCAAGAGCCUGGCGGAGCCGCACGGCGCUGAGAAUGGGCCCCCCGGGAAGAGACCGGAGAGCAAGAACCGCACCCCCGUCCGCUACUGCACCCUGGGAAGCCGGGACGCCGCCAGGAACCCCCACACCUUGGUGGAGGUGACGUCCUUCGCCGCAGUCAACAAGUUCCAGCCUUUCAACGUGGCCAUCUCCAGCAACGUGCUGCUGCUGCUGGACUUUCACAGCCCCCUGACGAGGAGCGAGGUGGUCGGGUACCUGGGAGGCAGGUGGGACACCAGCAGCCAGGUGCUGACGGUGCUGCGCGCGUUCCCCUGCCGGACGCGCCUCGGAGACGCUGAAUCAGCAGUCACCGUGGAGGAGGAGAUCUGCCAGAGCCUCUUCCUGCGGGGGCUGGCGCUGGUGGGCUGGUACCACAGCCACCCCUUCAGCCACGCCCUGCCCUCGCUGCAGGACAUCGACGCCCAGAUGGAUUACCAGCUCAAGCUGCAGGGCAGCAACAACAGCUUCCAGCCCUGCCUGGCUCUCAUCUGCGGUAAGGGCGGGGCUGGGGAGCCAGGUAUGGAGUCCAAAAUCUCGCCCUUCUGGGUCAUGCCGCCUCCUGAGCAAAGGCCCAACGAUUACGGCAUCCCCAUGGAAGUGGAGGUCACCUACAUGCAGGACGGGUUUCUCACCAACGACGUCCUCCAGGAGAUGAUGCUGCUGGUUGAGUUUUACAAGGGGGCUCCAGACCUGGUGAAGUUUCAAGAUCUAUGGAGCCAGGAGCAGACCUACCUGGAUAAACUAAAGGGCUCCCUCGCCUCCAGGACGCCCAAAGAUCAGGGUUUUGCACAUGUUCUGGAACAGAUCUACAGCCUCCUCAAGCCCAGCAGCUGAGGCACGGCCAGAGCCUGAAUUACAUCCGCCUCAGACCCAAGGGCCUUUACACCAGUGGGGCCAAGCUCGGCAGCCCCCCGCUGGGGAAGACAACUUCCAGGCUGCGCCCAGCACAGAGGGGGCGGAUGCACCUGUGUUGGCAGGUCAGAUGGAGCGAGGAGCCUCCAGGGGCUGUUCUUCAGCCAUAAAAGGCCGGGGG